UAUUUACCACCGACUGUCGAACAAUCCAUACGAAUUUGUUUUAUUCGCCUAUCAGUAAACCCAUACCGCCUUAUACUCAUUCUCGCGAUUCACCCAAUUCCGUUCAAUAUGCCACCUAAGAGAGAAACCAAAGAUUCGACGGCAACGCCUGCCGAUUCUGAACAAGCCCCCGAGAACCUACCAACUGGAGGUGAAGAUGAUGCCUCAGAAGAAAUAGACUCGAAAAAGCCUUCAGAGGGAGGUUCGGCAGAUGCGACAGCAGAGCAGGAAGAGGAUGGCGCUGCCGCUAAGGCGCGUCAAAGACAGGAGAGGUUCAAGGCUCUUCAAGCUCGCGCAAAAUCCGGAGCUGAACGCAAUUUAAAAGAAACCGCCGCAGAAACCCAACGUCUCGCUACCGACCCUGCGCUGAUGUCUAACCUAUCACGCAAGCAUGCAUUUGCAUCCCAUAACCUGCUGAAGGCCGACACAGAAGUUUCGGGAGAGGAUUUCGAGCGCAAACGUGCGUGGGAUUGGACGGUCGAUGAAUCCGAAAAGUGGGAUAAGCGGAUGAACAAAAAGCAGCGCCACCGGGACGACGUCGCAUUCCAGGAUUACACCCAAGAUGCGCGCAAGGUGUACAAGAGGCAGAUGCGCGAGCUAAAUCCGAAUCUUGAAGCCUAUGAGAGGGAGAAAAUGGCCGCGAUCGAGAAAGCUGCAUCUAAUGGCGACCUUGAAAUCGUGGAAACCAAUGACGGCGAGAUGAUCGCAAUCGACAAGAACGGCUCAUUCUAUUCCACAGCGGACUCUGUUGGGUUUGCGGAAAACAAACCGGAUCGAGCUGGGGUUGACAAGCUUGUGGGAGACUUGAAGAAGGCCGAGGAAGUUCGUCUCAAGAAGCGCAGGGACCGUCGUGGCGACGACGAAUCCGACGUCACCUACAUCAACGAGAAGAACAAGCAAUUCAACAUGAAGCUGUCGCGCUUCUACAACAAGUACACUACCGAAAUUCGGGACAGUUUCGAACGCGGUACGAUGAUUUGAUUCGAAUGUUACAUAAACGCGUUAUAUUGUACAGUCCAAUAUCUUUUCAUGGCUCGCUCAUCUGGAGCGGGUCGUUAAUUAUGCUACAAGAUGGUUUGGUGCGUUGAUUUGGCCGCCCUUGGUUUAUUCAAUCAGCUGCCGGUCGGGGAUCAGACCAUGCUUUUCCUCCAGGCCUUGGUCGCCAGUGUUUCGAUUUGCUUCGUCCCAACUGCACCGCGUGUUGAUUCAUCGUCCAUCGCCUCGA